UAGUGUUGUAUCUCAUUUACACCUAUUACUUGCGCACUUCAACCUUUCUGCAGUGUAAAACUACUUGAGAUCAUGGCUUCCAAGGUUGCAUCAACCGCCCUUCUCCUUAUGCUCAACAUCCUUUUCUUCACUUUGGUCUCAUCUACCAUUUGCCCACCACCACCACCAUCAAAGUCACAUAAGCCACCACAUAAGCCACCACCAACACCACCGUCUACCGGUUGCCCUAUAGACACCCUUAAGCUGGGUGUUUGUGCCAACGUGCUGCAGAGCUUGCUCAACGUAACUUUGGGAACCGCAGCAUCGUCCUCUUGCUGCAGUCUCAUCCAAAAUCUGGUUGAUCUUGAUGCUGCUGUUUGCCUUUGCACUGCCAUCAAGGCCAAUAUCUUGGGCAUUAACCUCAACAUCCCUGUCUCCUUGAGUUUGCUAUUGAAUUAUUGCGGAAAGAACGUCCCAUCCGGCUACGAGUGUUCUCCACCACCACCACCACCAUCAUCACCACCAAAGUCGCCU